CUCCGUCUCCUCUCCCCCGGUGUCGGUAUGGAGUACUUGCUCCAGGUGAAGCUGGGCUGCCUGUUCGGUCUGCUCCUCCUGACCCUGUUCUUCGGGCUGGUGCCGUCCAGGAUCCGAUGUUUCCGGGCCGCCUCUGGGACGGAGAUCCAUCAGAUGUGGUUGAGCUUUAUUAGCUGCAUAGCUGGGGGAGUGUUCUUGGGUGCCUGUCUGCUGGAUAUUGUUCCUGACUUUCUCGGUGACAUGAAGGAGGCUAUGGCGAAAGAGCAAAUAAUAACAGAUUAUCCUCUCCCAGAAUUUAUCUUGGGAACCGGAGUCCUGCUUGUCCUGACUAUAGAACGCAUUGUCCUGGAAUGUAGCCAUAGUAUGACUGAAGAGACUGCACCAUUGUUAUCCAGCCCUGCUAUCUCUCCAGCUGUACAAGAAAACUUGCGUCGUCAUUCCCAUGGUGGUCAGGAUCACACUGUGGAACAUGGAGGACGCCACUUCCACGUGGAUUUCAAUGCCCACUCCUCCUUUCCGCUCCUUUAUCCUCAUCUUGUCCUUGUCUCUGCAUUCUAUAUUUGAAGGGAUUGCCAUUGGACUACAGAAUGCCCAGUCGGAGGUCCUACAGAUAGCCAUUGCAAUCCUCAUUCAUAAGAGUAUUAUUGCAGUCAGCCUAUCCCUGCUUUUAAUGCAGAGCAAUGUGAAGACACGAUGGUUUGUGCUGUCCAUUGUCAUGUUUGCACUUAUGUCACCAGUUGGUAUUGCUGUAGGAAUUGGGGUGAUGCAGAAUCAAGCAGAUGGAAGCAGUUUGGUUCAGAGUAUUCUAGAAGGCUUGGCUGCCGGGACAUUUGUCUAUAUAACCUUUCUAGAGAUCUUGCCGCAUGAACUGAACUCUAACAAAUGGCGGCUACCUAAAGUCAUUUUCAUUCUGCUGGGGUUCUCCGCUAUGGCGGCACUCAGGUUUUUAGGCUGA